GAGAGUUGGGUGGCUCCAAUAAUCUACAUGGUGAUACUGGAGGAGAUACUGAUUCUCAACAUCGUGAUGGGUUACCCAAUUCACCCUCUUCUUCAGGUGGGUUCUGUCAGUUUUCUCAAAAGGACUAUAUUUAGAGGACAUGAGUGCUCAACAUUAAAUUGGUGGAAAUAUGGAACUAUAUAUACAAGACAUGUUUUGUUGUUUGCCCCCAAGAAACUGUUCUCAGACUGUAGGGCUGCUGUGGUCUUGGGAGCAUUCAUUUCAGAUGAGGUCGGCCCUGCCACAUUGAAAUAUGAAUGACUCCUAAUCGUAUUCCCCCCUUUAGCUGCAUCAAGGGAUUUCUGAGGUUCAGACAGUAGAAAGUUUUAUCGGUUCGUAUGUUUCUGGCUUUAUUUGCUUAGUGGCUUACUGACAUUUCCCAUUUGUAACAGGUCCACAACCACAGAAUCCCCUGCUGCUACUUGGGCAAUAUAGUGAUGAUGAAGGGGAUGAUGGGUCAAGCAAAGGGCUUAAUGAUGCAAAUGUGCAAAGCCCCAUGCUUAAUGAAGAGGGUGUACUGGAUGAAGGAUCUAAAGAUUUGGACGUCAGUGUCCCUGUAGAUCUUGUUGCUCAGAAUAAUGGACAGCAAAAUACUAUACAAAAUACUGCUUCACUUGAUAUUGAAUGCAGUGAAAGAAGUGAAAGUGAUGGUGCUGCUGGUAAUUUGCAAAAUGAAAUGGUUUCCAGAGAUCAAAUAUAUGUUUCUGAAAGUGUUGAUGAACAAGUUGUCACUGAUGUUGGUCUCGGGUGGAAGAUGGUGAUGCAUGAGGAAAGCCAACGCUAUUAUUACUGGAACAUUGAUACUGGGGAAACUUCAUGGGAAGUGCCCCAGGUCUUGGCUAAUGCAGAUCAGUUGGCUAAUGACACAAUAACGCAUGCUUCUGUCAAUGAUAAAACAGAGAGUGCUGCUGUUGGUAAUAGUUCCAAUGUGCUCUCAGUUGCAACUCAGGAUGCUUCUGCUGCUUCCAUAAUUGAUGGUUCUUUGGAAGCCUCAGUGACUUCUCAUAAAGAAUUGUAUGGUCAUGGGUCCCAAAUAAAUGGAGGCAGUGUUAAAUGUAGCGAUCAAAAUCAGGUUUCAGAUGUUAAUGGAAAUAAAUUGACAAGAAAUGAUGAUCAUAUGAAUUUAUCCGAUGAGGGAGAUCCUUCAUCUGUUUCGAAGUUUAGUGUUGAAGAACAGCAAUUGGACAUUGAUUUUGCUUCUCGUCUUGUCAAACAGAGUGAGAGUUUGUUAGAGAAGCUGAAAUCACUGAAAAAGUCAAAUAUGCAAGGCCAAGACUCCUUGUCAAAGCACAUGCUCGAGAUUGAGAUUAGGCUCUCUGAUAUAAGGUCUCUUGCACCAUAUGGAUCAUCUCUGCUUCCGUUCUGGGUGCAUUCCGACAGAAAGAUAAAAUUGCUUGAAAGUUUAAUCAAUGAUGAUUUGUUGCAAAAUGCUAAUUCUGCUUCUGAUGAAGUUGCGGAAAAACUUGUCCCUGCCUCUGAAGAAUUGGGUGACCAACAGAAUGACUUGGGACAAGAGUCAGAGAUAGAUCACAAUAAUCACAAACGGAGCCUUCUUACUUCUGAUGUUUCUAAUAGAUCUCAGUUUGAUGCUUCAGCUGAAAUUUUAGAAGAUAUCAACAAUAAAAUUUCUACCAAUGAUCAGGAUGUUCCAUUGCAUAGUUCUUCUGGUAGUCAUAUGGAAACAGGUGUAGACUUUAAUUCAAAAGUUGAAGCAAUUAUAAAUCCUCCGGAACCAAUUCAUAAACAUGAGUAUAAUGUUGGUGAAGAUGAUGAUAUGGAUGUUGACAUGGAAGUUGAAGAUAUAAAUUCCUCAGGCAACACUACUGUCAUCAAUGUGCCUGUUGCAAAGGAUUCUGUGCAAACAGAUCAACUGGUUCAGUUGAAUCCACCCAUUGACUACCAUUCUGUGUUGCUUGAGGAGGGUGAGUUUGUUGUUCCUCCUCCUCCAGAUGAUGAAUGGAUCCCUCCACCACCCCCUGAUAAUGAGCAUGUGCCUCCACCACCACCUCCAGACAAUGAUCAGGUGCCCCCUCCACCUGGUGAUCCACUAGCACCUUCUUAUAGUGCUAUUCCGUCAUACACAGAGACAGGGCAGCCCCUUUCCUACACUCAAUAUAGUCUAUCUUAUCCUGGUGCUGCUGCUGAAUAUUAUGGGCAGACAGCUGCUGAAGUCCCAAUCAGUAAUAUAUACGGACAAAUUGCUAUGCAACCGCCACAGAUCUACUAUAAUAGUGCAGUUGCUAACAUGUAUAGUGAAAAUCCUCAAGUUAUGAUGAAUCCAACUGACUCUGUUGCUUAUUAUGCAGUUCAAGAUGGAGCUGCUUCAAAGUCCAUACCUGCUAAUAUUAUUGAUUCUGGUGUUGGUGGGGUUGAUUGGGCAUCAAGUGAUGUUCCGUCCACCUCAUGUAGCAUGCAUGCACCUGCAACUGUUUCUGUUGAUGAAGGUGUUUCGUUGCCUGCAGCUGCUGCUGAAUCUGCUGCAGAAAUUAGUGCCCCAUCAGUAGUUUCUAAAGCCCAAACAAAAGUUGUACGCACUAGGAAGCGAGCAGUUGCAGUUGGAUCCUCUUUAAAGUCUAAUAAGAAGGUUUCAAGUUUGGUAGAUAAGUGGAAGGCAGCUAAAGAGGAGAUGCUUGAAGAAGAGGAAGAACCUGAUAGUGUGUAUGAGGCGUUAGAAAGAAAGCGCCAAAGGGAAAUAGAGGAUUGGCAUGCCAAGCAAAUUGCAAGUGGAGAGGCCAAAGACAACGCUAAUUUUCAGCCUCUAGGAGGUGAUUGGCGAGAGAAGGUCAAACGCAAGAGAGCAAAAGCAGCAAGUGAAUCUGUUAGUACACCACAAGAUGCAAUUGAGAGUAACCAGCAGCAGCCAAAUUUGAGUGAACUCUCUAUCGGUCUCCCAGCUAAUUGGCAGGUUUACUGGGACAAUAGCUCAAAGCAGGUUUAUUAUGGUAAUACCAUCACGUCGGAGACAACAUGGACUAGGCCAACAAGAUAAGCAGUGGUCAUGUACACAGGGGUUUUGAUGCUUAGAAUAUUUUGUUUAUCUUUUCCUCGUUUUGUAUUACCUUAGAAAAACCAUGAUGCUUAUCUUUGAUUUUUUCCUGCCACUAUAUUAAAAUAGCACAGCCUAGUUCUUAUAUUGAGGGCGGGGUGGUCAGAAUAGCACCAUGGUAAAUACUGUUAUUCUGGAGAAAUUUUUUGUGUAUAAUCCAAAGAAAGGGAAGGGAUGUUAAUAACAAAAAAUGCCUUUAAGACCUAGUUACUAA